UCUUGUUCCAACCUCCUUCGUGAAUUCCUUGUGAAUUCUCCGCGCUCAGCAGCAAGGCGGCGACCUUCAUUCAUGCAAUGACCACAUCGCUUUCUACUUCUCCGAUCAGACUCGGCCGCCAAUCCGAGCUCGCGUGCGUCUGUCGGAGGCUCUUCUCGGCGGCGCCGGCGCCGGCGCCAAUCGCUCCUCAAACCGACAUAGAGCAUCAAUUGAGAUCGCUCUGCGAGAAGCCCAAUGCGCGAUUCGCGGAGGCCGCCUCGCUCCUCCACCUCGCCAUCGAUUCAGGUUCGUCCCCUUCCAGCGCGACCUGCAGCUACCUCGUGGAUGCGCUGGUGAAGUCCAAGAACUACGAUUUGGUGUUGGCGGUGUACGCGAAGAUGGCGAGUUCUGGUAUUCCUCCGUAUUUUAAGACGCUGAGAGGUGUGGUGGAGUCUUUUGUAGAUGCGGGCGGGGUGGGGCAUGCGUGCGGGGUGGUGGGGUUGAUUCUGAAGCGUGGGUAUGACCUGAAUGUGUUUGUUAUGAAUGUUAUAUUGAAAGGACUGUGUAGGAAAGGCGAGGUCCAGGGUGCAGUUGAUUUGUUUCGCAGUAUGGAAAGGAAUGGUGUGAAGCCGGAUGCUUAUAGUUAUAAUACGCUGGUGAAUGGACUGUGCAAGGCCAAGAAAGUUGAAGAAGCUCGGUCUUUGUUAGUUGAGAUGAAGAGGUUGAGCUGUUGCCCGAAUUCGGUCACAUACACCACUCUGAUGGAUGGUCUUUGUAAGGAAGGUAGACCGGAAGAGGCAUUGGAGAUAAUGGUGGAUAUGAGGGAGAACGGUCUGGAUGUGGAUGUUUUCGUAUACGGAGCUCUUAUGAAUGGAUUCAUUCGAGUGGGGAAGUUUGACAGAGGAAGAGAACUUUUCGACGAGAUGUUGGAAAAAGGGAUUUCUCCAAAUGUGGUCACUUUCGGUUGCUUAGUGCAUGGUCUUUCUAAGAUGGGUAAGUGGGAGGAAGCCAUACACGUAUUAGAUGCUAUGGCAGAACGUGGGAGUUUUCCUGAUGUUUUUGUUUACACGAGUUUGAUUGAUGGUCUUUUCAAAGAGGGGAAAGUGAAAAAGGCCUUGGAGAUGUUUGAUUUAAUGGUAAAAAAAGGUCAACAACCAAGUUCCGUUACAUAUAAUGUAGUAAUUUAUGGAAUGUGCAAGGAAGGUCUGAUGAGAGAAGCUUUUGAAGUUUUUGAAACUAUGAGAAUGAAAGGUGAAAAGCCUGAUGUGCAUACCUAUAAUUCGCUGCUGAUGGGACUUUGCAAUAAGGGCAGGGUUGAUGAGGCAUUGCAUCUUUUUAAUCUUAUGGUGAAAGACAAGGAUUAUGCCGAGCCGGAUGUCAUGACAUUUAACAUGAUAAUGCAUGGGCUUUGCAAAGAAGGACGUGUAGCUGAGGCUGAGAACAUAUAUAAGAAGAUGGUUGCAAGGGGGAGUUGUGGUAAUAUAGUUACUCUUAACACUUUGCUUGGUGGGUAUCUAAGUAAAGGAAAUAUAAAGCAUGCUAUGGAAGUUUGGAAAAGAAUCAUUGAGUUGGGACUUGUGCCAAAUUCAAGCACUUAUAGCAUCAUGAUAAAUGCAUUUUGCAAAACAGGCAUGGUGAGCAUGGCAAAGGGACUAUUCAACAAAAUGAGAGCUUGCAAGCCUGGUCCUACCUUGUCUGAUUGUAAUACAUUGCUGGGCCUUCUUUGCAAAGAGGAUCAGUUGGAUCAAGCAAGGGCAUUAUUUAAAGAAAUAAGAGAUAAUCGUGAACCAGAUCUUAUCACAUUCAAUACUAUGAUCGAUGGAACCUUCAAAGCAAGAGACUUUCAAGCUGCCAAAGAUUUACUCAAAGAAAUGCUCAACCGGGGCUUGGCUCCUGAUAUCUUCACCUUUUCUACACUGAUAAACAGGUUGUCGAAAGCUGGACUGUUGGAUGAAGCAAAAGAAAUCUAUGAUAGGAUGAUCUCUGUAGGCUAUGCACCUGACUGUAUUGUGUUGGAUUCCUUGUUGAAAGGCUUUAGUUCAAAGGGUGAUGCCAAAGGAGUCAUGAGUUUGUUGCAUCAGAUGUCUGAUUUGGAUGUUAUUCUAGACAAAAAAAUUAUAGCUACCAUUGUUUCUUGCCUGUGUCAGAAUUCAAGUAACCUUGACGUCAAUGAUCUACCAAAUUUUUCCGAAUCAAAAUCAGGUGUAGGCAUGAGAUGCACAGAACUUUUGUCCACACUCGGCAAGUCUCACCCUGAUCUUCAAAUAAGCAUUGUGUAACUCUUUGGAUCAUUCAUUCCGUACGUUGCUCUCAUAUGCUCUCCUACUUGAGAAAGAAAAGGCAAUGGCAUGUAUCCCACAUGUCCAUCAUUGUGGGCUCACAAGCUAGUAUGUGUUAUGUCUCCAUCAACACAGUCACAUGCCUGGAGCAGUCACACAUGUAGGAGAAUCUUUGUUGCUAAUGAAAAAGAGGCCUAAAGCACAUAUGGGUUGAUAAAUCUUGAUAUGAUGGGGGAUGCAGAGCUGUUUUGAGAAUAGCUUUCAUCUUGCUGGAUCUGCUGCUAAAUUCUUCUGGAAAGAUUCUAGUGGGCCAUGGUAUCCUUAUAAAUUGAAGAGGUCCCAGUCUUUGGUUGUAUUAUCAGUGGGGGCUGCAUGGAACAGUUGAAAGGCUUCUCCAUAUUAGUUGGAUGAGUGUCAGAUUGUAUAGCCAUGAAUCCCGCACCCGCUUCAAGAUUGGUCCUUUAGAUUGUUCCUGAUAAAUGUUAUAAAACUUAGUACACCCCGCAGAAAGUCCCAACUGGGAUGAGAUGGACAUCAUCCUCAUCCAUUCGCAUGCCUAUGUGCCAACGUGCUAAUUCACCGACUUGAGCUAAACGGGCCAGCAUGCAAGCUCUGGGGUUCUGGAAACCUGCUCAUAUCAGUUCUUUUAGCAGAACUGGAACAAGAGCAUUGUGACAGCUGGUAAAGCUGAAAUCACCAGACAUUAAUCGGUGCGCAAGUAGGUCCCAGAAUGAAAGGAUUUAGGAGGAACCGACUGCUUCAUCUCUAGGGUUUCAUGUGCUUUCUCCUGCUGGAUCAAUCUCUCUCUCUCUCUCUCUGAGGUCAUAUGCUAAGGAUUUGCUCAUUUUCAUUGCGGUAGGAGGAUAAUCUGGCAAGUUGUCAACAGACGAAUGUUAGUCAGAGGCUUAUUGUAUGGAACGAAACUCCCAGAUAUCUCUGUGCUUCUUGUCGAGAAUGUAGGGCCCACUGGAGAGUAGAGCUAGGUUGACCACGUGAACCUGAAGAGGAAGAGCAAAUUUGAGAAGGCAAAAGAAGCACCUUCUCAUGUAUAAAUUUGUCUCUCUUGAACGGUCAUCACUCAUAACUUCUGUCUGCUUCUUUCCGUGAUGUUAAAUGCCCAGAAUUAUGCUUCAGAUUCAUUGCA